AUGCUGGUGAAUGAGAUACGCCGCCGUUUUCUGGGAACUGCACAAUACGAAAAAACGCGCUCAAUAACAGCACCUUAUUUUGCAGUGCCGUAUCUGCGCCGGAAUUUGCGCCGUGUGCUGGACAUCCAACAAUACGAUUUAUUACUUGAAAGAGGGCAUGAUCCUUCCGGCCACAUCGGAGAGAGUAGCAACGACGAACAUUCAACAAUUUGGGAAUUUCCUUCCGCGGCCAUGCUGGAUGGUAUUAUCAAGGGCCUCGAGCCUACGAUCCGCAUCGACAAGCUCAUUUUGCGACGCCAAGGUAGCGCGAAAGUGAAGGCGCCUUGUCACAGAACUCGUUCGGGCAGGGCAGGGUCUCCGGACUGGCUUCCUAGUGAGGACGAGUGGAGGAUUCCAUGCCAGGUCUCGUUGAAACUCACGUAUCAGACUGAGCCCAAGAGAACGAUCCACUCCGUAACGAAGAAUGGCCAUGUCAUUCGCCACGAUCAUCCGACCAAGAAACCAUCUUUCGAGAUCACGCUGGACAGUCCCUUCGAGGUUCCGCUGGGCAAUCUAAAGGUGAUGGUUGAGUACAAAGACAGCAAAGGCAAAAUCAGAUGGAAGUUGGCCCGAGACGACUCCAAAUUUUCUGUCCAGUUCCGCGUGCAGUGCAACGACUUCACCAGCUCCACAGAACUCUUGAGCCAGCUCGAAGGGCAUGAAAUCUCGACCUACGCGGACAUGCACAGCAACGAGGGCGAGCUGAAGAUCCGUUGGAACGGACUACCUGACCUUCCCGCGUCUGGAGAACUACUAGAUCUUCGCCGCUUGCAAAAUAAGAAAUUGGUGAAGCUGGACUACGAAGCCGAGGUGAACAUGGUCUGGAACCAAGAAUGUCAACCUCUUGCCGCAUGGAAUCGAGCGUGGCAGCUACAACAACAAGAGGACCCUCGGCAAUUGCCCACACCUAGUAUUUCCGACGACUCCGAGAGACCUCGCAAAAUGCGCGUCCAAUACUUGACUCAGCUGUCUGCCUAUGUCCAAAAGUCCGUGGCCGCGAAAGGACUGCAUUGCAUCGUAUCGAGUUGCCAUGAGCGAGCUGAGCACUCAUCUCUGGAACGGCUCAUGCUUCACUACGCCUUACAUCACGAUCACCUGCAGGUUGAGAUCAGCCCAGAUCGGUCUGACGAUAAUCUCGCCGUCAUCUUCGUCAGCCGAGCUGAAGAUGAAUCAAGCAGUCCCAGCAGCCAAAAUCAGGAAUUUGAAUGGCAAGCGCCAGACUCGGCGUUCGAUAUCGCGGCACACCUGAAAGGUACGAAGCCAUGGGCUGUCACGCACUCCAAGGAAAAGUCGGCGAAGAAGACCCCGCAAAAGAGUCCCAAGAAGCGGGCGCAGGGAGGGCAGACAGAUCACAUUCCGAUAUUCCUCGGGCGGACGAGGACCACUAUUAGAAAUCCAGAGGACGUUCUGGAUCUGCCCGAGGUGCCACGAAAGCGGCACCGGGUUCCUGAGGUGGAGAAUAUCUCCUUCUAUCGGACCCUGUCCAAACAGCGGGUUCCGGCGGGGGAAGAGGUCAGUGACAGUGAGGAGGAAGCCGACAUGACCUGGUCAAUUCAGUGCCAGCGACGCGAGCAAACUGUCAUGGGUAUAGACCCGGCUACACAAGACUUCAAUGAGUUGCUCAACCAACAUCUUGAGCUGGAGCAGCCGAUGAGCGACAUGUUCACACAGGAUGCCAUCGUGCGCUUUGCGAGGAAAUACGCCACUCGGUUGGUCGAGCAGAAGUGGAACGAGCUGUUCCAAGCCAAAUUGAAGCAGUUCGAGAGCAAGGGGAUCAUCAACUCAGGCACCGUGGCCUACUGCCUGGGACUGCUAACAACAGUCACAGGACAGCCUACGGUCGAGUCUGGACGCGAUAAUACACCGAGUAGACGAAGUGUCAGYCAGGCUCUUAGUGGCAAGGGACGAUUCAUCCGCCGCGAUCGCGGUUCCGAGACUCGAACCCCGGAAAGAGCAAAAGCCAUGUCACCUCCGAGUCACUUGUCCACCAAGAGCCGCCUGAGAUGGCAAGAUGGCUUUCCUACCCCAGUGCCCGCGAGUGCGCGUCGACAAGCCAUGCCAUUUGGUCGUCGCAGAAUCAUCUGUCGCAGAGGCAACAAGCCAUCAAAACCGUACUACAUGUUCGACUUUGCUCGUGACGACCAGCRGGACACCCCACGCGAUGACAUACAACCUAAGGAUCUCGAACUUGCGAAGCUCUUGAGAGUCCUGACAGACGAGUCGCCACUGGACAGUGAUGUAGACAUCAUUGUUUGUGUCAACGAUCGCACGACGGCGUUGAUCAUGAAUGAGGACGAUUGGCUGUCUGCGCUGAAGAACGUCCAAAGCAGCAACACUGUGGGGGACAUAGUUUUCGAGCUACGGCCGCGGCGAGAAAUGAAGGAUGCCCCCAACAGUACGACGAAGAGGAAGAGAGUUGAUGACAACAAUGAUGGGCCUUCGAGGAAGAAUGCUAGGAUCGAAAAGGACCAUCUCUGUGUUUGCGGAGAGGAGGCUGGGGGGAGGAGAGGGACCAUGGCAUGUGGUAAUCACAAAUGCUCACGGCAGUUCCAUGUGAGAUGCUUGUGUCUUCAGCAACGGCCGGUUGGAGAAUGGCUAUGUGCUGAUUGUCGGUGA